AUGGCAGCUGAUCUGAUUGCUCAGGGUCGUCGCAGCCUUGUCUGUGGCGAGAUUCCUCAAGCUGUUGAAUGUCUACAAAAGGCAUGCGAGCAGCUGUCCUCCGAGUAUGGCGAACUUGAUGAGCGUCUCGGUGAUCCUUACCUGCUUUACGGUAGUGCGCUGCUGGAGCUUGCCCGAAUGGAAAGCACCGUAAUUGGCAAUGCUCUAGAUGGAGUUCCCGAGGAUGAUUCCUCAUCAGAAACUUCUGACAACUUGGCUGAUAAUGAACCUGAGAUGACUGCUUUAGAGAAAGAGGAUUUGUCAAAUCAGGUCAUUGAUGCAAUGUGUGAGCCUCCUUCGGUUACUGAUGGUCCGGGCCAGGAGUCAGGCGAACCUGCGGAGAAUAGCCCAUCUGAGCCCGAAGCGGAGUCAGCGUCCGAGGAGGAAGAAUCUCACCCUGGGUCGGAAGAGGUCAAGGACCCUUCUGACCCCUCCAAGGAUGAGAAGAGUGAUACAAGCGACGACGAAAUCACGAAUUUACAGCUUGCGUGGGAAGUUAUCGAAGUCGCGAGAAAGAUUUUCUCCGCUAAAUCAGAUGGACCUAGUCAGCUGAAAGUUGCCGAAUGUUUUGAGAAGCUGGCAGAAAUAAGUCGAGAAAAAGAAAACUAUUUGGAGGCCAUUUCAGAUUUACAGGAGUGCCUUUCCAUUCGGACUUCUGUUUUACCAGAAGAUCAUCGCGACAUAGCGGAAACUCAUUUUCAGCUUGGUACAACUCACGCUGUCGCUGGUGAUCUGGAAUCAGCGUCUACUGAAUUCAAGUCCACGAUUAGGUUUUUGAAAAUGCACUCAUCCAACCUAGAAUCAAAAGUUUCAGAAAUGGAAGUGCAUUCUGGGUCAAAUGAGGAGCUUGAAUCAAUUAAAAAAGCCCUUCAGGACGUUAAAUCUUUGAUUCCCGAUGUCGAAUGCCGACUUGCCGAGGUUGAAGAGGAUCGUCUCGUUGGCAGCUCUUCUACGGCUCCAAAUGAGACUCUAAACCGACACAUGACUGACCAAAGUGGAAUAGUAAAACCUGCCGUGGAUAUUACGCACCUCAUAAGAAAGAAGCGAUGUACUGACAAUGUGGAUGAGACGAAACAUGCCUCUAAGGAUUCUGUUCCAACUGACGGAGUUUGUAGUCCAGAAAAGAAACGGUCGAAACUUUCUAACGGCUCCUCGGGCCACGUCAAUGGCAUUGCGAACGAUCCUGAUGUCAUUUCGGAGUUUCGCGUCCUUUUCUGA